GGGUCAGCUGUCACUGGGGCAGGAAUGAGGCAGAGAGAGGGAGCGAACGAGAGGGGCAGAGGCUCCAUUAUCAGACACAAACAUACAGGAAAUCAGACCUAACAUAUUUACAGUACAAGGAUUGAAAGAAAAUAAAAAGGCCAGCGGGUCUGAAGGAACUGGGAGCUGUUUCAUGUGUUGUGACCUUCAUUUUCUAUGAAAAGAGGAGAUCAAUUGCAGAUUUCAGAGACAGCUCCUUCAUCCAAACCAAGGAGAAACUGUUUGUCUCGGUCAAAGCUAUGUCCGCUCUCUAUCUGUCCAAGGUGGUACCUCAGGGUUCAACACACAGCUUUUUAAAACCGGCACAAGGUCAGUUAUCUGAAUCUGGGAAAAGAGUCAAACCAGCCAAGGACCCAAUGAUAAGAACAUUACUUUGUUCUUCCAAGAUGGCCGAAGACCAAAGAGGGAAAGAUGACCUCUCUCUACCUUCUUCAGUCAGACAUCAGCCAGCACCAAAAGACAUCCCACAGUCUAUGCCUUCCCAACUUUUGAAAGAAAAGCUAUACCAACAGCGGCAGAAAUGUGAGCUGAGAAGGCUCCUGAAGCACACACACCCAGAGCUGAAGAUGUUAGAUGAAGUUGUGGAUGAAGAGCUUGCUGAGGUUUUGCGCUCAGAGACUGAGCUGACAGCUGGUGAAACUGGAUACGAGGGAGAGGUCCUUUCAAGAUGCUUGAUAUUUGAGAACUGUGCCCUGAGUAACAAAGUAUCUCCUUACACCUCUAAGAUGCACAAGGCAGAGGGAAUGGUGGAAAGAGACGAUGUCAGUAAAACAUUAGCUGUGUUUAAGGAACAUGAAGAGAGUCCUGGUAAUGAAAGUGAUAAAGGGAUCAUGGAGGAUGAGAAAACGCUUGGGUCUAGUCCAGAUCCUAAUAGAGAGUGUGAGGAGGAGAUGAUAAGAAUAGAUGUUAAGGCUACUAGAAGGUUAUUUGAGAGUAAAUCUGUGAACACAUACAAACCUAAUCCAGAUAGGUUUGAGGCAAAAGUUUCUCUUUCUGGCGAUGAGACAGAGGCAGUCCAAAAACUAAAAAAGGAGUUUGAAAUGUGUACCAAAGAGAAUCUGCAUAGCGAAAACAAAAGCAAUGCAUGUUCUACAAGUCUUGGCAUGACGGAUCAGGCCAAUAAACAAAGCCCAUGUGUUCAUAUCAUUGGUCAAAGCACUGACUAUGAGUUGUAUGGUAGGGAAGAAGUUUCUAGAGGUGAAACAGUCUUUGAGGGUGAGCCUACAAGCCUUUCUGAUCCAGAAGAAUUUAGGAAAAUAAUCAGAACAAGUGCGGCACUUUUCCAAAACAACCCAUUUAUCCCAACAAACAUAGAAAGAGAGCAUUCCUUUGUGCAUACAUCAAAAUCUCAAAGCCCAGCAGAAAACACUGGGGCAACUCAGGACUAUCUGAUAGCUAAUGUCAAGAACAGAGCCCACUUGUUUGAAUCAAUGCCAUUUGACAAAAUUAGGCAUCAGGACAAGGACGAAAUUGAGACAAUGGUGGUGAACAUCAAGGAAACACUGAAUUUUCUUUAUCAUGUCAAUGCCAUACAUUCAGAUGGCUCAAUCAUUGAGGUGAACGAGACAAUGAUAGCCAAAAAGGCCAAAUUCACACUAUCAGAGAGUGGGCCUAAAAUAAAAUAUGACGAGGUGGCUGAAGGUGGUGCACAAAACUUCCUACUCCAGUUGCUACCACGAGCAAACCUAAAGCCUCAGAUCACUUACCUAAAGGAGGGUAGUAAAGGAAGCAUGGCAGCCACAGUGGUGAAUGUACCCGUGCACCAGCAUCACUUCACUACCAACCAAGAUACAGAGUUUAAAACUGCCAAUGUGGUUCAGCUUGUUGAGGAUAUUCUCAAUCAAGAUAACUCUCUGCGGAAGGGAGUGAUUAUCCAGGAGGAUGCGGAUAGAUGUGCUGAAGUCAUUGUUUACUCCCUCUACAAUUAUUUUGAUGAGGUUGAUGUGAAAAUGUAUUGUCCCCCUCAAGGUGCAGAGUAUGAUGAACCAGAGCCAGAAAGAGGUGAUGUGAGUAAAGCAGACUAUCAAGAACUAAGAAAAGGGGUUAUUGAAUCAACCAUAAGCUGCCUUCUAGAAACUCCCAAAGAUCAAACUAGCCAAGGAUCCAUAAGGCCUGAAAUCACAAUUAAAGGGAAUGUAAAAUUGUUUAAGAGUUGUAUUGAAAAAGGAGAUUUAGAGUAUUUGAAAACUCUUCAGCCUGAACCAACAGUGCAAGAACAACAACUCACUCCUAACCAAAAUGUGCCUGGACAAGGCCUUGAACUUCAUCAUGAACAGAGAGGUGAUAAAUUUGAGGAGAGUAAUUCAGAAUGGGUCCCAGUGGAUGUAAAGAGACUAAAAAACAUGUUCUCUGGAGAUCAAAGACCAACCCAACUAAAGCAAAAUGUAUGUGAAAAUUGUGCUCAAUCUACCACCAUUUCUUCUGCAUUCACAGCUCAAAAUGUGUCACUUGGAAAGAGCCGGUCCUCUACAGGAUGCAUUUAUGUGCAAGUAAAGAAUAGCUGUAGGAAGUGUGGUGGCAAAACACAAGAAGUACGUAAUUCUAUACUUGCACCACAGGGAUCAUACCUACAUCUUGAUACACAGGACGAUGACAGGGUCCACCAGGCUGAAUUAGUCGAGGUGGUAGAUGACAAUGACGAGAUCUCUAAAUUCCAAACUGCAAUACAUAGUCUCCGACAGGCCACAAUAGAGGCCAAAUCUUUGCAUCACUCAUCACAAGAAAAACAGAAAAUUCUUGUUCGAAAACCUGUUGUCUCAGAUACCUCAGGUGAUAUUAAACACUUAAGAACAGAUGCAGAAUUACCUCAAGAAAAUGAGGACCAGAAAAGGGACACAUGCACUGAGACAACAUGGGAUGAACUCCCAUCAACCUCAAACAUCACCUCAGAACAUAAAUCAGACUGCCAACACGAGGAUACAGAGACAUGCUGUGAAGACACUAAUUCUGAAGCAGUACAAACUAUUGAGACAUGCAGCAAAAUGGGUCAACAAGGCCCAGAGGUGGUCCAGAAAUACUUUCAAGCUGCGAUGGUGUCUGUACAUAGUGCAGAAACAACCACUGCACAGCCAGAAGAUGAGGAAGUUGUCUUUCACGGUAAACUUCAAGCAGCUUUGGAUUCCCUGGAAAGAUCCAAUAUCAAUGUCAGUAGAGGAGAUUUCAGAGCAGCUAUGAUAUACAGAAGUGUGUCCAAACCUCACAAAGAAAGAUCACAAAAUGUGGAUGUGAUGUCUGUGCAAAAGCCGACUAAGGAGGAGGUUUGUCACGUGACUGAACCUAAAUCAAUUCAAGCACCACUGACACAUGAGGUCUCCAAAGAACAAGUGACUGCAGCAAAUGCGGCGCGCCCAAGCCAAAGUGAAACUCUAAAUAAACCAGCUACAAGCGCUGUCUCAGAGAAAAGCAGAAGGUCUGUUGGUGAAAAACCAGCCAUCCCACCUAAACCUGAGCAUUUAAAAGUGAAACAAAGAGACAUUCAAUCAAUCAACACAAAGAAUCUUGAGGCAACCCAAACUAAUACUGUGGAACCCAAAGAGACAGUUCCUCAACGAAUGGAAAUUACAUCGAUGUCACAUAAGGAUGAACUUAAGCAAGGCCUGUUCAAAAUUAACACUGGUGCAGACUCAGGGCCUGAUUCAGUGGAACAUCAAAUAAAUAAGCUUUUUGAUGAAGCUACACAGAUGGCUAAGGAAACUGAAGUAAGGGAUCAAGUCCGAGGUUCAGUCGUCAUCUUGGAAAGUGAUAACUCAGAUAAGAAUAUCAUUAAGCGACAACAGGAGAUAAAAGCCACAGCAGAAGAGAAAAGCCCCCAGGAUUUCCCAAUCAAAGAGAAUAUGAAUGAAACCGAUGAAAGCCAUGUAGAUUUUCAUGAAGCAUGUAAGAAAUUUGGAGGUAAAAAGGCAUUUUCAGCAAAAAAUGCUCCUGUAAAGCCAAAAAGAGUAAAAAUUGCCCAGCGUGACAAUAAAAACCCAAAACCCAUGUCUGGAGAUAAUUCCUCAAUUUUCACACAUGUGGUUGAGGAACCAAAACUAACUCUUAUUGAUCCAUCGUGCAAUAAUCCAAACACCUGUGGACAAGCUGCUGACAGCAAAGACAAGUACGAAAAAGAAAUUAAACAAGAAGGCAAAGUUGAGAUGAGGGGAAAGAAAGGACGAACCGAGACAGAGGAUGAACGCCGACAGCGUCUGUCAGUUCACAUGGAUGAGAUCUUAAGAGGGAACAUAACGGCAGCCAUGGAAAUCUUUGACAACUUACGAAAGCAGGAGGAACUUCAGAGUAUUCUUAGUCAAGUUGAAGAAGUUGAACAGGAUACGAGCGAGGUUGAUGUAAGGUCUCUGAGGGGAGUCUUUGAGAACGUCCCUGACUGGGUUGUCAGCUCAAAUAAAAAGAAACUAAAAAAGACUAAAGUAGAAAGCAAAGAAGAGAGGUUGCCAUUAACGAGAGACAACACUGAAAGCAAGUCCUCAAUGGCACAUGUUUUUGGAGAUCUUGAGCGAGCCAGUGAAGAAAUCAUGAAUCUAAAAGAACAGACUUUAGCCAGACUUAUGGACAUAGAGGAAGCCAUAAAGAAGGCUCUUUAUUCUGUCUCUACCUUGAAAUCUGACUCAGAUAUUGCUGGUUUAUCAUGCCUGUUCAAAGAGUCAUUAGGGACAGAGCAAGGAUCCCCAUCCUUUGGUAGUAUUAGCAAAAUUAGCAUCGGGUCAAGCAGAACAAAAUCACUGCAGACACUGGAAAACCCUACAAUACAGGGAAACACAGCUCUGCCAGUUAGCCAAGGUACCAGAAUUGAAGUAGCCCCUGCAAAACAACGAGCAAGUCCUCCAUCUUCACCUGCCUUCAUCUCCAUCCAGUCGGCUGCUAAAAAGACGGAUAAAAAAGAGGUGCCUCCACCAAAGACCACAAUCUGCCAGACAUGUCAGCACAGCCCAAAGACAGAGGAGAAAUUCCGGACAACUAAAACGCUGACAUGCAACAGUCCAGCUCAAAACAGAAAAAGGGAUCCCAGAAAAGCAGGUCAAACACAAUCCUCUUACAACCCAAAACGAGAGCUCAGUGUACUCGAGGUGCAGACUGACCCUGAGGGGAACACUAAAACAGUCACAGAGAAUUAUGAGAGGACUGAUGACCUUGGGAACCGAUUUUACUCUUCCAAAACUUCCACUGUUGUCACUGCUCAGCCAGAUACUACGACAUCCACAAGUCAGGCAGUGGUAAGUCCGGCUAUGUAUCAGGUCACCAAGUACCCAGAAGUUCUGCUGCCGAUCAAUCAGAAACCUUAAAUCGUUCACAGACUGGUGCAGUUUGUUACCUAUUAGCUAAGUGUUUUCAUAUGUUGAAUAUUAUUUGUUAUGUUAAAAUGGACUACGGAGAGGAAGUGGAACUACAAUUCCAGGAGGGCAACCUCUGAGGCAUGUGGCAAGGUCUAACAACUUUGACAGAUUAACACCAUAGUUCCCUCCAGGAUAGUCCAAAACCUCAAGGACCUGGGAUUAAACACCUCACUGUGCAUGUGGAUCUUCAACUUCCUGACAUGCAGACCCCAUGUGGUGAGGGUGGGCAGACACACCUCUUCCACCCUCAUCAUUGACACCGGAGCACCCCAGGGCUGUGUUUUGAGUCCCCUGCUGUACUCUCUCUACACACAUGACUGUGUAGCCACUUUCAACUCCAACACCCUUAUCAAGUUUGCUGACGGCACAGCUUUGGAAAAGGCCUACCUGAAAGAAGUUAAGAACAUGACUCGCUGGUGUCAGGGCAAUAACGUACUCAUGAAUGUCAGCAAGACUAAAAAGAUGAUAGUGGAAGAAGCAGGGAAGGAACUACGUCCCCCUUAAUAUCAACAGGUCCUCUGGAGAGGGUGGACAGUCUUGAAUUGUAAAAACCUGACAGGAUUACAUUUAACUGAAAUUGUAUUUAAUAUAAUUUCAUGUGACAAAUAAAUGUAUUUAUUGAUUGAUGUGCAUACCUUUAUUUGCGAAAAUAUGAGUUGUGUUGGUUAUUAUUGAUUGUUUUUUAUUAAUAAGUUAUUGGUAAUUAUUGAUUUAAGAUUUUCUUAUUAAGGAUUUAUUUGUAGCAUGUAUUCUUUUAAACAUUUUGAUUUGCAUUUUAAAUUAAAUAUGCCUUAUUGGUUUUAAUUUAUGCGUUUGUGUUCGUUGUUGCUUUUUUGUUUUUAACAAGCUCAGUCUCAUUUCUCUCAUCAGUUUCAACCAGCUUGUCAAGAGAUGUGUUCAGCCUGUUUGAAGCCGGUUUAUCCGAUGGAAAAAAUUGCUGCUGACAAAUACAUUUUUCACAAAACUUGCUUUUGUUGUAAACAGUGCAAGACAAAAUUAAGGUGAGAUACUGACUUAUUUUACAGAAAAAUCAACUGCAACAUUGAUCAAUGAUUUUCAAUGCAACUCUGCUAUUGAUUUUCUAUCCUGGUAGGACAUGACAGAUCUCCAUGCUCAUUUUGUAUAACACAAGAAAAAUAACACGGUGUAUGUAAAACAAUAGACAGUUACAUUAAUAUAGACAACUAUAACUAAAAAUAAACCAUUCAAAUUUUGGUUCACAUCAAACAAAUUGAGAAAGAACGAUGUCAUUUCCAACUACCAUCUUUGUUUAGAUUGAGGAAAAUAGUUGCAGCUUGGGAAACUGGUUAAAAUCUUUUUUAGCGUCUAAUAGGUCAAACAUAUAGUAAAUGUAUAAGUAGUAGCCUACAGACAGCAGCUGGCACACUACUUGAUUCUAGCAGUGCUUAGGGUUAGCAACUUGUCCUGUUUUUUUUCUCUCUUGUGAAAGUCUUGUAAGAUAAUACUUCAGUAUUCAAUAAAUCUUACCUGUUUUAGCUUAUCCAAGCAGGUUUUAUGGAGAGUUCUUAUGGCAUUCCAUCCGUAUUUCAGUCAAACAUUCAAACACUUUUCUGAGAAAGCUCUUAGAAGCAGUACUUUGGAAGCACAUUACAUACUUUAACUUAUUGCUAGCAUCUUUAAGACAGCCUUUCUAGGUUUGCUAUCUUCUAGCAGUUGUUUCCACAUAGUUAUUUCCUCCAUGGAAGAAAAACAUUUUAUGAGACGCUAUGUAAAUGGAUGGGAGAAACCUGUUAGCCUAGCAACACUAAGGUUACAAGCAACCCACAAUGCAACACUCUUAAAAUAAUAGGUUAACUUUGGUACAGUAGCUCUGUCCUGGCCUGGUCCUGGCUGCAUUCAUUCAGAGAGCAGCUACUGUUAUAAAAUAUAAUAACCCAACAUAGUUGAAAGGAACUUCAUCUUACAUUUAGGCGAAUACAAUAAACUUAAUGUUCAACAAACAUAUAAAAAAUCUUUCAUUAAUUGGUUGAUUGAUUUAUUGAUUAAAUGGUUAAGUGAUUGUAUGUAACAGAAGCCCUGCUUCUUACAGACCAACACAUAUUUAGAUUUUUCUUUGGAGCACCGGUUCCCAAACUGAACUGGGGUGCCACAUGACCGGGAGAAAACUAAGUUGAAUAGAUUUUUGACAGCAGAAACAGUUUGACUUGUCAAAGUACUAACAUUGUUAAUUGCUGCAUUGCAUUGCAGUACUGUAAUUGCUGAGUCGUCAUUAAUGUUAUUAGUUUCACCUGUGCUUUUUCUGCUAUGAUAAGUAAAAAUCAUGAGAGAAAAUAAGUUUGGGAACCACUGGCUAAGAGGUAUAUAGAUAUGACAACUUCUGAAGAACUAUUUACAAAAUGCAAAAUAAAAUACAACUUAUUUUUGAAAAGAA